CUUUCAUCACUGCAUCCAGUCUUCAACUUUCGCUUUGACAUAAAGUCAACAACCACGCCCCGAAUUCGGAUUUCAUCACAAUCACCGACUUUUAACUCCCUCCGGACAUAUUGAAAAAUAAUUCGCACAAGGAACUUAAACGACGAAACAACCCUAUCCGACUUCAUUCCCUUAAAAUGGCGGCCGAGGUUGCCAACAGCGCCGCCAAUGGCUCUGGCCCUGACACCAACCCGCUCUCGACCAUGAUCCGCGAGAACGCUAGAAAAACGAAACUCAUCUACGCCGCCACAACCACAACUACAGAUGCCUCUGGCACCUCUGGGAGAAAGCGUCUAAAACUUGACCCUGGGCUUGCGUCAGAAGAUCCCGACAUCACCAAGACCGGCCUAUCUCUCCGUCUCCACGCCGAGUACAGCGACGUCCAGACCCUCCCCGAAGCCAUUGCCUCCAAGUUGCCAGCCGGCGGACCACGCAAAAAGAAGGCCAAGCCAGCCAUUGAAGAGGCUCCCUCAAAAUCCGAAGAACAUGCCCGCAAACUCAUCGAGGGUAUCCCACCGAGCAAGUCUGCCGCCGCCAACUCGAAUGCUCUGGUGCUGUCGCGCAGCAAGCCCAGCGCUGGCGCGUCGUCAACCAGACCAAAUGCGCAACGAAACGAGCCCCAAACAAACAGCCUGGCGCGGCGAUCCGACGUGCUGGUACAGCCCAGGCCAGAUUGGCACCCACCUUGGAAGCUUCUCAAGGUGCUUUCGGGCCAUCUGGGAUGGGUGCGUGCCUUGGCAGUAGAACCGGACAACAAGUGGUUUGCCUCGGGCGCAGGCGACCGCACCAUCAAGAUUUGGGAUUUGGCGUCAGGAGCCCUGAAGUUGACUCUUACCGGACACAUCUCGACGGUUCGCGGAUUGGCCGUGUCACCGAGACACCCAUACCUGUUCUCGUGCGGUGAGGAUAAGAUGGUCAAGUGCUGGGAUUUGGAGACGAACAAGGUUAUCCGACAUUACCACGGCCAUCUCAGCGGUGUUUAUACCCUUGCGCUGCAUCCUACACUGGAUGUUUUGGUAACAGGUGGUCGCGACGGUGUCGCGCGCGUGUGGGAUAUGCGGACAAGAAGCAACAUCCACGUCCUCUCUGGACACACAGGCACAGUAGCGGAUCUUGUCUGUCAGGAGGCCGACCCUCAGGUUAUCACAGCCAGCUUGGACUCGACCGUUCGCAUGUGGGAUCUGGCAGCCGGCAAGACGAUGGGCGUCUUGACACAUCACAAGAAGGGUGUGCGAGCGUUGACGACUCAUCCAACCGAGUUUACGUUCGCAACGGGUAGCACAGGCAGCAUCAAGCAGUGGAAGUGUCCCGAGGGUGCUUUUAUGCAGAACUUUGAGGGACACAAUGCCAUCAUCAACACAUUAUCCGUGAACGACCAAAACGUCAUGUUCUCUGGUGGCGACAAUGGUUCCAUGAGCUUCUGGGAUUGGAAGUCGGGCCAUCGCUUCCAGGCUCUUGAUACGAUUGCUCAGCCUGGUUCGCUUGAUGCUGAGUCGGGUAUCAUGAGCUCGACCUUUGACAAGUCUGGCGCCCGCUUGAUUUGCGGUGAAGCGGACAAGACCAUUAAAAUCUGGGGUGAAGAUCUUAGCGCAACACCAGAGUCGCAUCCCCUCGAGUGGAAGCCAACAUUGGCUAAGCGGAAAUUUUAAGCAUCGUGAAAGGCGAGAACUGAGAAUGUCAUACCUCUUCAUUUGAAUGCAGGUCAAAGACGAGCAGGCGAAAAAGGGAUAUAAUGGAUAGACGACAAACCUGGGAUAGCGUGUUAAUCAACCAAAUGGACUUUGACACUCAGAGUAAUGAGCAUUAGACCGAUAAUCUUUGUCCAUAACUAUAGGGUAUCAUUACUAUCAUUCAAAGAAGCACA